UGGGAGAUAUGCGUAAGUCGCACAUAAUCGACGCCAGCAUCCGCGCACAAAUGAUCCGCAUGCGAGUAGCGAACGAAGGCGAAAUGAUGCCGUACUUUCAGUACGAAUUGAAAGUCGGUUUCGAUCACGACGAGAGCAAUCUUUUCGUCAUCUGGCCCAUGACGGUCGUUCCCAAAAUCACGCCAGAUUCUCCUCUCUACAACGUAUUCGCUUUCGAUCUUUUGAAAGAUAAAUUCGAAAUUGUCGUUAUCCUGGAGGGUACCGUUGAGUCGACCAGCAUGACCACACAGGCUCGUUCUUCUUACCUGCCGUCUGAAAUCAAAUGGGGCCACCGGUUUGAGCCGCUCGUAUCCUUUCGCAAGGAUACCGGUCAAUAUGCUGUUGAUUACAGUCUUUUUAACAAUACGUACGAAGUAGAUACGCCUCUUUGUAGCAGCCGCGAUUUGGAUGAGUUAAAAAAACUCCGAGAUGAAAAUCAAUUAGGUACAAGUAACUUUGAGCAAUUGCUUUUAAAUUAG